GCGCAACGAACAUUUGGGAAUAGGUUGUGAAAAUUGUUUUGUAUUUUUUUAUCUUUUUUAGGUGUUAUUUACGCUUUAUUGACGAACUGAACAUAAAAAGACAAUGAAUAUAUUACCACACAAGAGCUGGCAUGUGCGUACAAAGAAGAAUAUCGACAGGGUGAAUCGAGAUGAGGCAAAAGCUGCUGAAGAAGAAAAAGAAAAGCAAAGAAAAAUUGCUUUAGCUGAGCAAGAAGCACGGACAGACAUCCUAAGAAGAAGAGGAAAGGAGAGACUGGGAGGUAUUGAGUUCACACUGCCGGUCAGCAACCAGACACCUGAAGACACAACAGCAAUUGUAGCUUCAGAUAAAACAGAACAUAUCAACUUCUUCAGCGACAUAGAACAAGGGUUGAGGAAGGAAGGAAAGAACAAAGAACAUGAAGCAGAGAAGAAAGCGGAGAAGGAGAAGUGGGAGAAGAGUAUAGGCUUGCUGACAUACCUGGGGAAAAGUUCUAUUGAUGAACAGAACGAGGUUCCGUGGUAUUUGAAGAAAUCUAAGAAAAAGGAGAAAGAGGAAGAACAAGUACAAACAUUGAGGUUUGACAUGGAAUACAAGAGAAAAUCAUUGAUGGAUCCCCUGAAUGACAUGAAACAAUACAUGGAGAAGAAGAAGAAACACAAACACAAGGAGAAGAAGCACAAACACAAAAGCAAGAGCCAAGAUGUUGAGAAAUCUGACCCCUCGUUACCAAGACCUACAACUGGUAAAACAAUGGAGCAGCUUCGUGCCGAGCGUCGACGUCGAGAACAGGAGGAGAGACAGAGGACAGAGGCGCUUUUAGCUAAACUGCGUGGAGACGUCCCAGAAGAAGUAAAAGAGCAACCUGUGCCAGAAAGACAGAGGAAAUACAAUUCACAGUACAAUCCAGACUUUGUGAGGCAGCCAAAGAAGAAACGUGAUUAUCCAUUUGACUGAAACUAGCUUGUAGCACUACCUUUUUAGCCAGUGCUACAUGGCUGUCACUGAUGUAUCAAAGAUGUGCUCAUGUGUGUCUUUGGUCUCUGGUUCCUUACCUUCAGGGCUUAUCCUGUACAUUGCCAAAUUGACCAGCUGCAAAUUUCCAUACAAAGUAGCUAAAACAUUUAGUAUUUGGCUAAUAAAUGUUUUGAAUAACUUUCAAGGAAAUACUCUUAAAUAUAUGAAAAUUGGCGAAGGCAAAAUUGUUAGCACUAUGGGCCAUGACCUUCCUGCUGAAUACGAAGUAUUAUAUUGCCUUUGACAGUCCUUAUCUUAAGUACGAUUAAUUGGACAUUCAUUUGUUUGGAUGUCCUGGUUGUGUACUGUCAUAUGUCCUUAGUUCAGUUCAGUUCGGUUCAGGGUGUCUAACAUACACAUUCGGACCAAGCCUGUCAUGGGCGUAAGUUCUGACUAUUGCCAGUUCAUCCAUUCUGCGAAUCAGUGCAGUAAGUCUAAAUUCUGCCAAUACACACUUUGUGUUUUUAUUAUAAGCUGACAGUGAGUUUUGUUUUGUGUCAUAACAUCUACAAUUUUGAGGUUGAAAAAGUCCUUGCAAGAUGACAAUUCACUUUUCUUUUUUUUUCUUCUUAUUUUCGUGCUUAUAUCCAAUUAAGGUUCAAGCAUGCUGUCCUGGGCACACACCUCAGCUAUCUGGGCUGUCUGUCCAGGACAGUGGGUUAGUUGUUAGUU